AUGUAUAUUCCCGUCGCCCCUCAAGUCGAACCUUGUCCCCCCUCCAACAUCACCCUACCUCCCCAUCGUCCCCUCCCCGAUAUACCUGGUUUCCUCCUCUACGAUUCCCUAAACCGCAAUCACGUCUUUGACCAUCCCUCAACCCAACCUCGCAUAAGGGAAUCGCGCGAUCUCUUGGACAGGAUCAAGAAGCAUGGAGGCAAAGCGGUUUCCAAGUAUGGACAAAAAGCCAUCUCGAAAUACACCAACAAGUCAAAAGGUAGCCACUCAAAGGGUAGCGGAGCUAUGACAACGGGUAUGGGUAUAGUCGCAGGUAAAUACCGCUGGGUCAUGUGGCUCGCUUUUGGCCUAGGCGGACUGCUGGUCCUGGGUCUCAUGUAUCUUGUCUGGAGGAAGAGAGAUUAUCUCUGGCGACGUGCAAGGUUGGAGGAGGAAGCGAGUUCCAUGUUUGAGGGGAACAACGACGACGACAUUGAUCGGUCCAAGAUUCCUUUCGGUCAGCCUUGGUCUCAUCGGCUCAUGGCUGAGAGAAGAGCUGCUGCAGAGGCGGCAUAA